AAUAGACUUUAUUAAUAGGCCCACCUUAGGGAUAAGGAAACAGGCUCAAAGAAGUCCCAGGUAUCCUGCUUAAGACAAACCCAGACAAAGCCAGAAACCGAAACCACAGCAAUGAUACUAGCUGACUUCCGCUGAGUGCGCAGUGCAUGCCAGGCACCGUACCAGAGAGGAUUCCAUCCUGUGAUUCUCAUAACCACCGGUUGUGGCAGGAACAUCAGCGCCGCUGGUGCUGCGAGGAAACGGAAAGCCUGCGGCUCCUUAGAGGGGUCCUGGGCUCAGUCCAGAGCAUCUCGCUGCUUUUUGUGGACUCAUCCUCGAAUCGAAAGGGAAUACAAUAGAGCGGGAGUGGCUCCAAUAGAGCUCUAGGGACUUUCUCUUCCCUCUCCCCCAUCCCAAGUACGGCGACAAAGCCUGGCGCUGUGCCACCAUGUGGCAGAAGGCGGUAUCGCUCGUCUUGUGCUACCUGCUACUCUACACCUGCGGCUGCGAGGAGACAGACGAAAGACGCUCAGAGGACAGUGACUCCGGGUUCUGGGGCACGCUGACCUACAUGGCCGUCGGAGGAGGGCUCAUGGCCAUGGCGCUGCCCACGCUGGGCUUCAUGAGCACAGGCAUCGCCGCCAACUCGGUGGCUGCCUCGCUGAUGAGCUGGUCGGCUGUGGCGAACGGGGGCGGAGUGCCCGCUGGGGGGCUGGUGGCCACACUGCAGAGCCUGGCCCUUUCUUUCUUUUUUUCUUCUCUCCCCCUCUGAGGCGUCCAAAAUCCUACAGAAAAACCACCCCUGACAAACUGCCCCUCUGCCUUUCUGAACCCUCCAUCUUCCCUCAGUUGUGGAUGGCAAAAGCCCAAAGAACCAGCCCAAAAGGACACAGCCCUUCUCAGAGGGGGCAGAGAGGAAGACACAGACCAGGCUUCACCCCAGCAGUGAGAGGUGAAGGUUGUGGGCAAGGCUAGAAACAGUCCUGUGCUAUAAGAUGGUUGUCCUCUCACCAACUGUAUUUGCUUUACAGGGGCUAGUGGUGGCAGUGCCCUCAUGGCCAAGAUUGGGGCCCUUCUGGGCUAUACUGUCCACAAGCAAAUCGAAAGCAGAGG